AUGAAGCACCUUGUUGCAUUCACCCUCAAUGCCGCUCUCGUGCUGGGCGUCGUUGUCCUGCAACGGCGUGAGGAGCCGGGCCAGCAGCAUCCUCUGAUCGACAGCUUUCGUCAUUCCCCUGACACCGCACCGACAGACGGCCUCGUUCGCCAGUGCAUCGCACCGGGCGUGGUCUGCGUCGACAGACACGGGGCCAACCUUCCCUAUCCCUUCUGGCGGGAUUCCCCGAACGGCACCUACGCCACGAACCUGGCGGACAUCGAGUUCCACCGCGGCCGAGGCGGAAGCAAGGUGACCUCCUGGGAGCAGGUGGAACGCGCCGACUUUGUGGUCUUCGACGAGGAGCGAGGCCGCAAACUCCUCGGCGACAACCCCAGCGUGGACUUUGUCUUCUCCGUCAAUCCGUGGGCGCUGCACGAGGCCCCCACGUUCGUGCCGGGCCUGCGCAAGAUCUUCUUCUCGGAGCUGUCGCCCAUGCUGGAGCAGUUCGUCAUCGACCUGAACGUCGACCCGCCCACCCUGUCCGACGAAUUCCGGGCCGAUCCGCCCAUCUACGUGCCCAACGGCGGCUUCUACCACGACGGCCUGAUCUACUACUCCGUGGCCGGCAGCAGCGACAAACACCAGCAGCGGCCGGGCAUCGUCACCCUCGACCCCUGGACGAACCGGUCCGCCACGCUGCUGAACAACUACUACGGCCUGACCUUCACCGACUGCGACGACGUCCUCGUCGACCCCGUCACCGGCUUCGUCUGGUUCACCGUCCCCUACUACUCCUGGUGGCUGGAGGUGGCCGACACCCCGCCGCAGCUCAAGUCGGCCACCUACCGCUUCGAUCCCGCCACGGGGGCCACCGUCGUCGUGAAUGACGAGAUGCGCUCGCCCAACGGCAUCGCCCUGAGUCCCGACCGGCGCCACGUCUACAUCUCCGACACCGAGGCCGCGGGCCAGUCGGCGCCCAUCUCGCUCGAUCUGCCCAGCCCCGGCGUGGCCGGGCUGCUGUUCAACACCACCGGCAAGCGCACCAUCUACAAGUUCGAUCUCAUCGACCACGGCCGCGCCAUCGCCAACAAGCGGCCCAUCCACUACGACGCCAUCGGCACGGUGCCGGACGGCCUCAAGGUCGCCCGCAAUGGAUGGGUGGUGACGGCCAGCGGCAAUGGGCUGAGCGUGAUGGACGAGUAUGGGGAUAUGAUUGCGCGCGUGCAGAUCAAUUUCACGGUCAACAACUUUGUCUGGUCGGACGUGGACGACUACCGUGAGGUGUGGAUGGUAGGCCAGGGAGGCGUAGGACGCGUGAGAUGGAAUCUGCAGGGUCAAAAGGCUGUUUGA